AUGGAACUUGAAGAAGAAGUAACAUUGGUUUACGACCAGAGGACCUGUUGUCUGUGUCACAAGUUCUACACCAGACCAAAAGUCCUGCCUUGUCACCACUAUUUCUGUGAAGUAUGCUUAUGUGACUACCUGAAGUCACGUUUAGAUGCCUUCGAGAGAAGUUGCUUUCCUUGCCCUCUUUGCCAGACGAUUUGCUCAGCACCUGAUUUCAAACGACACCAGACGAAGUGGGCGAGUUGUUUCCCUUCUGUGGAUGUGCAUCACAUCAUUGUAGAAGCUCAACACGGAGUCUCAUUCGAUUGCCAGAACUGUAAACAUAAAUACCAACGUCGACAGUCAGUAGCUGACAAUGGAGUAUGGUGCGACACCUGUAGGUUAACUCUUUGUUUAGAUUGCGAAAGGGAUCACAGACGACAAUUUGAGGAUCACGUGUUGCUGCCAGUCAUUGAUGGUUCUAAUGCAAGAAAUAAACUGAAUUAUCGCCGCGCUUGUGCAAUACAUCACGAUAAAUUUAACGACUACUAUUGUGUCAAAUGUCGGUUAGCUAUCUGCUCAAACUGUAUAGAAUUGUCGCAUUAUCGCUGCGCGGAAAUCGACAUAAUUCGUGAAGAUUUGUCCGACAUUCUCCCCAGUGAGACGAGUCAGUCUACAGUGUUCCCUAGUCGCACUCAGAGCCUAUAUUCCAGUCCUUACAAACAUAGAGAAAUCUAUGAGACAAGUUCUCCGAAAAAGACGUCUACAGAUCAAGACGUAACCCUUCGAAACGUCGUAAGAUUAGACACAAAAUUCUCAACAGACAUUUCUCCAUGCUUAUGUGAAGAUAUUCUUGUGAUAGAAACCGUUACCCUGGUAACGAUAAUUGUAGCAGACAUCAAUAACAACAGUUUAAAAGCAUUUAGCAAUAAAGUUGGAAAAGAUGCAAAUUCAGAACUGAAAAUGCCAAGCAAACCUUACAGGAUAGCGAACAUUGGAAACGAUCACAUCGCGACGACUUUGCCAUUGACCUCUAAAAUAUUGAUCAUCAAGGUUGCUUCAAAUCUAGAGGUCAAGGCCACAGUAGACACAGAGAAACGCUACUGUGGAAUUGUGGGCCUGAAAGGAAACAAACUUUUAGUUACAACAGCCUGGUCGACCCCGGUUACUAUAGAUAUUAUAAACAGUGCUGGCGAAAUCCUCGUUUCCAUGGCAGAGGAUAAAAUGGGUCAUUCGUUACUAUCAGCGUCCUUGACCUACAUCAAACAACUUCCGUCGGGAGAAAUACUUGUUUCUGAUUGGAGUAAAGAGACAAUUUUAUGUCUUACUCCGGAUUUGAAAACGGUAGUAUGGAAAUACCAUGACACAGAGCACAGACUCGAUCAUCCAUUAGGAUUUGACUGUAAUCGCCAAGGUCAAAUAUUUGUAGCCGAUUUUGAUGAAAAUUGUAUUACUGAGUUAUCUUCUCAUGGCAAAUUUCAGCGUAAACUGAUAACUGGAGUUGAGGAACCAAAGUCCGUUGCUAUGGAUAAACGGGGCAAAAUGUACAUAGCCACAGGUGAUGGUAAUAUUAAAAUUGUUUCGCUUGAAAAAUAG